AUGGAGUCUCGUCUUCGAGCCACCCAUUACAAACUCUUUGCUUUCAAACCCUUAUACAAACUCUUUGCUAUCUGGUGCAUUUUGGGCUUUCUGGUUUACUUCAUCCUGCGGCGAAGUGAUUACUCGAAUUUGGAAGUUAUAGAAUCCAUACGACUGCCAACAACUCGCGGAUUGGGACUCAAAGAAGACAACUUACCUGGUGAAGAAAAUCCAAAGACACAGAAAUUCUUUGUGAAAACAUCGAAAUGUAGAAUUCCGUAUGUCGAUCCUUUUACCGCCGAAGUCAUGGAGAUCUACAAGCCUGAGACUCUGGUGACUUGCACCAAUGAUAGCGAUCUGGUAUCUACGGAAUAUAACCCAAAGAUCCAAAGAUAUGUUUUACGAAUCGACGAGGAAGUUGCAAUGGAGUUGCUUAACCAUACCAAUGUGGAGUACAAUUGCUUUUACAAGGAAGUUGAGUACGGCAGUGAGGCAGACACCUUUGACAAGCUCAGGGCUAAUAAGUACUUCUUGGAUGGUUAUGUAGUACCCAUUCAUGUUGAGGGUAUUGUGGUUGAAUGCCGAACCGCUGACGAGCCAACGAAACUUCUUCAAAAGGACGCCUUUACUUUUGUCCAAUACCAGCCCCUGCCCAAGAACAUGAAGCAGAAACAGGGGGCGCGAAAACCUAGUGUUAUUAUGUACGGGAUAGAUUCACUUUCUCGGAUAAAUUUGAGAAGAACUAUGCCCAAGGUAUUCAAGUUCCUUCAAGGUGAUGGAUGGCACGAGAUGCAGGGAUACAAUAAGGUUGCUGACAACUCUUUUCCCAACAUCUUGGCCAUGCUCAGUGGCUAUUUGCCCGAAACGGCAAAGGAGCAAAUUUGUGAUACGGAUGUUAAAGGUUGUUUUGACAAAAUGCCCAUAAUAUGGAAGUACUUUAAGAACGCUAGCUAUUUGACCGGUUACGCUGAAGAUGAAAGUAAUUCAAAUCACUUCAGCUACUUAAAACCGGGCUUUCAGGAAAAGCCAGUGGAUUACUAUUUCCGGCCCUUUUUGAAGGCCCUGGAGUCCAAGUUGGAUAUAUAUCGAAUACCCGAGAAUGAUUAUAUGCGAUAUUGCUUGGGCCGCCGGAUAGCUAAUCGUUAUAUUUACGAUUAUGGACGCAUGUUCACGGAAAGGUUUGUCCAGGAACGUCCCAUCUGGGGAAUGUUCUGGUCGAGUCACUUUAGUCACGAAGAUCCUUUCAUGCCCUCCGCUAUGCAAGACAUGAUCCUUGGCGACCUCUUAGACUUGAAUGCGACUGGUGCUCUAGAGGAGACAAUAAUGAUUUUCUUCGCCGAUCAUGGAAGCAGAUACGGACGCCUGACCGGACUUAAGGAGGGCUUCCUGGAGGAACGACUGCCCAUGAUGUUCAUUUAUCUUCCACCCUGGUUCCGGAUCACGUAUCCUUAUUUUGUCCGGGCACUGAAGAUCAAUCAACAACGGCUGUGCUCCAACUUCGAUAUCCACAAUACGCUGAAACACAUCAUUGAGUUGGGAGGGACUCCGGAUGGACCCGUAUUACCUAAAUCCUUCGACUGCCCCACAUGCCAGUCCCUGUUUCAUAUCCUGCCGGAGAAUCGCACUUGCGCCCAGGCGGCCAUCGACAAUCAUUACUGCACUUGCGAACCUUACAUCCCCAUCCCUGACACAAACUGGACAAAACAGAUCUCCCUCAGUGUGAUCGAUCGAAUGAACGAGUAUUUCGUGGCCAAGAAUCUAUCCAAACUCUGCUCCAACUUGACCUUGCUCAAAGUCACCAAGACGGAGAUCAAAACGGGCCUAGAAGUAAAAUGGAAAGAUAAGCGAGUACCGGAGGUGGAGAAGGGCGUCUACCUGGUCCACUUUCAAGUGAAUCAAAAUUACGCCGACUUUCAAGCUACUGCCGUCUACAAUAAUGUCACCCAGGUAUCCGAAGUAAAUGUGGAAAAAAUCAGUCGACUAAACACCUACCGCGAAGACUCCACCUGCAUCGAGGACAAGCUAGCGAAGCUGUACUGUAUUUGCUACAGCAACCUCAAGCAGUAA